CGUCUAAACGAGCAACUAGCAACCCUUAUUCCACGUUCGCUCUGGAAACCCAACUCACUCUCUAAUUCCUGUGACGCUUUUUCUUGCGAAUCGAUUUUUUUGUCUUUCGCAAACUUCACCUCCUCGUUCCCGGUAGACUUUUCUAUGUUCGAACGCAGACACCACUGCCGUAAAUGCGGUGGUAUCUUUUGCCACAAAUGCACCUCGCGCACUACGCCCUUACUCAAUACGCGUAAUCUGCCUUUCCUCAGCCCCCCGAGGAAUACCAGCAUAUAUGACUUUGGGUCUGAGGGCGGAAUUGUUGACUCCCUCGCACGAGUUUGCGAUCGUUGCUGGGACCAAUUACAUGGUACCACGAAAAAGACUGAAACACCAGAACCAGAGUUGAAGCCUGGUGUGCUGUCUACACUGAAGACACCUUGUCGUUCCUUUGUGAUGUCAUCUGCCACUUUGGAGAGUGAUACACAGUGUUCUUCUCCGACCCGCGUUGAUACAAAGUCUAUCUCUCUUGGCGAAUUAUCUGCGUACCCUCUGUGUCGCCCAUCUACACUCUGCAAAGCAUCUGGAGGAGGCAAAUGGGUCCCAAGGCCCAAUGAGGCCCCAGAAGACACUUCUCCUACUCUUGGCAUUGGUAAAGCACUAUGGGAAGUCGAGUGGGAGAGGAAGGUACAGAAGGUAAAGAGGUUACUUAAAAACCCUGUUGUAAGAGAUGGUGAGUUUUGCUACAGGGUUUAUCGU